AUGGACUUGACCCUGGAAUCUUUAAUUCAAGCAUUACAAGCUUCUUGCAGCGCUGAAAGGGGCCCGGACCAGGAUGCCGCCGAAGCACAACUUAAACACUGGGAAACCGCCCCCGGCUAUCACUUUCAACUACAGACCGUUUAUCUUGACCUCAAUCAGCCGUUGCAGAUCCGCUGGCUCGCGAUUAUCUGCUUUAAGAACGGCGUAGAAAAGUACUGGCGUGCGUCGAGACAGAACUCAAUCGGAAAGGACGAGAAGGUGGCGAUCCGCGCGCGUGUAUUUGAUGCAAUCAGUGAGGCGAACACACAGCUCGCGAUCCAAAACGCGCACGCGUGUGCGCGCAUCGUGCGCUUCGAUUUCCCGACUGAGUGGCCGACCUUGUUCGAAGAUACCGAGGCAUUGUUGCAGACGGCAUUGCUUGCGAACAACGUAGUUCAGCUCCACAACCUCCUCAUCGCACUCAACCAGAUCGUCAAGACAUUGGCGCUCGUGCGCAUUGGACGCGCACGUCACGCGAUGCAAGCUAAAGCGGGACUUAUAACACCCACACUCAUCCGGUUGUACACGCGCUUCUUCCAGGAGUGGACACGGAGCAUGGACCUCACCGCGAUGGAGGUGGGAUACCUCUGCCUCAAGACGUUGAGACGGGUCGUGGUCGAGGGCUACGAGCAGCCGCACAAGGAUCAGGAUGUGGCGGAGUUUGUCGCACAUACCGUUGCACACUUCCAGCUCCUCGUGCGUGAGCACGGCAAGUAUUCCUCCGACUUGUUGGAGAAGUACGUGAAAGGAUACGGCAAGCUCUACUACAACUUGCUCAGUGCGAACGCCACGGCGUUUGUGUUGAUGCCCUGUCUGAAGGACGUGGUGAUGAGCUUCCUCUCCAUUUUAGAGAACCAGGCACAGGCAAUCUAUGAGGCGGGGGACGAUUUUUGGGAGGCGGUGGCCAUCCGUGCGGUCAUGGUGUUGAAGAAAUUGAUCGGUUUUGUAUACAAGAAGGGCGCUAUGACGUUGAGACAGAAGUCCGACAAGAAAGAGAUUGACGCGGCCGUAGCCAUGCUCUCAUCUCAGAUAUUCACUCCAGAGCUCAUCAAGCACUUAAUCGACUUAGUCAUUGCGUGGUAUUUGAAACUCAAGCCCUCAGAUCUUGAGAGCUGGUCACUUGAGCCGGAAGAAUGGGUCAAUGAGGAACUCUCUACAUCCUGGGAGUACCAAAUCCGCCCGUGCGCGGAGAACUUUUUCCAGGACUUGAUCUCUUUCUUUAAAGACUUUUUGACGGAGUAUAUCUUGCAUAAGAUCUCCAAUGAGUUGCUGUCAGAUAACGUCUUGACGAAGGAUGCGAUUCUCGCAACGUUCCAGCUCGCAAGCUCCGCCAUCUGCGAUGCGGUUGACUUCGACACGCUUCUUACGACGGUGUUCAUUCCCGAGGCACUCCGCAACGAUCUGAGUGAGUCGCGUCUCAUCAAGCGCCGUGUGUGUUUGAUCCUCAGUGAAUGGGUGCCCAUCAAGUGUGCGCGCGAAAGCCGCGUCGCGAUCUUCCGCCUCCUUCUCGCGCUCCUCGACCCUGCAAACCCCAUCAAUGACAAGGUUGUCAAGUUGACUGCGGUGCAGACACUCAGCCACAUUGUUGACGAUUGGGAGUUUAACAAGCACGACUUCCAGCCGUUCUUGGACGACUAUGUUCGAAUUUUGAUCCGGACACUUCCGGAAAUGGAAUUGACCGAAUCGAAGUUGUUUGUUUUACGUACGUUGUCCAUUGUCAUUGAGCGCUGCAACCCGCUCCUCAGCCGCGAGAACCUCAUGAACAUCUUGGCCAUUGUACCGGACCUCUGGAAGCGAUCGAAUGAAUCGGCUGAGCUCAUCUUGAAGAACUCCUUGUUGCGGGUCUUGAAGCACUUGACCGUUUCUUUGAACGAAAACUCGCCUGAAACAUAUGCGAUUUCGCUUCCGCUAAUCUCCGUCUGCUGUACUGAGUCGUCCGAAUUAUAUUCCCUCUUAUCCGAAGACGGUUACGAGUUGUGGGCUGCCAUCUUGCUGAACUUCCCAGAUUCCACCCCCGACCAGCUUGUGGCGGAAUUCCCGCUUGUUGUCCCUGGUUUGCUCAAUUCCACCGAGAUCUUACCUCUCAUUUUGACUAUCGUCCGCAGCUACGCCUUGAUUUCCCCCGACCUAUUCGUUUCCGACACCGGAAUGGAGGUCUUUCGUGUGUUGAGCGGCUACCUCCCUAACAUGAGGGACGAUUCGCUCAUCCUCUUUGCCUCCACCUUCGAAAUUCUCGUCUUGAAUAGCUCUGAAAAAUUCCUCGCGGUCAUGGUCGAAAGCGGCCUCUUCUCUGCCAUGAUUAGCUACUGCUUAGAUGAAAACGAGUCGCCUAUCUCGGUCAACAAGGUUUUGAUGGUUGUCAGUAGAUUGGUCUUUGCACAACCCGCCUUGUUUCUCCAGAUGAUGACGCAUGUAUCGUCUUCCCCCGACAUGUUGAGCAAGGUCUUGGAGAACUGGCUCAAAUACUUCUCCAACAACGGAAACCCGCGCAACAAGAAGAUCAGCAUCUUGGGUCUCUUGGCUUUGGUCAGAUCCAAGAAUGAGACCGUGUUGUAUGUAGCAUCUCCAAUUUUUGCCAAGGCCUUUGAGCUUCUCGAGGAGGUGAACGAGUCGGCUUCUGGCGAUGCCGAGAGCUACCACCGUGAUUUUGCCUUCGAGUUUGACGACGUCUAUAUCUAUGAGGAAUCUCCAGAUAUCAAGCCAAGCGGCGAGAAACUAAGAUACAAAGCAUUGAUCGCCGCGAAGGACCCGGUCCAUAAGCUUUUAUUGAAGGACUACAUCAAGGAAACGGUAAAUUUCUUGAGAGCCGAGUUCAACGAUGAGGAUUUCAACAAGUUUAUGGCCAUCUUAGAGACCCAUGUUGUCGACAGCUUUCUGUUGUUAAUGUCUUAA